UUUUUAUUUAAGCUUUUCAUUACUUCGUUACAUACUACUGUAAUUAUAUAUAUUUGACUUCAUAUUCUUUCAUUUAUUCAACUGGUUGGUAUACUUACUGUAAAUCAUUAUCUAGAUAAUCAUUAAUAUAUACAAUUCUAUAAUUGAUCAUGAGGUUAUUGACUAUAUCAUUAAUAUCAACCCUAUUUUCAAUAUUUUCUCCAGUAUUAGCAGAUUGUAACCCUCUCACAACUUCUGGAUGUCCAGCUGAUCCAGCAUUGGGUACCUCAUUUCGAGCUGAUUUUCAACUGCUGAUUGGUAAUUACUUUCAAGUUGAUGAUACUCCAGGUUCAGCAACUUUCGGAUCUAAUGGUCUAACUCUUACCAUCAAUAAAAGAUUGGAUAACCCUUCAAUAUCUUCAAAAUUUUAUAUAAUGUUCGGGAAAGUUGAAGUUAUAAUGAAAGCAGGUGAAGGUCAAGGUAUCAUAUCUUCAUUCUUUUUACAAUCUGAUGAUUUAGAUGAAAUUGAUAUCGAAUUAUUCGGUGGUGAUGCUUAUCAAUUUCAAACUAAUUAUUUCAUUAAGGGUAAUACUGCUACUUAUGAUCGUGGAGAAUAUCAAUCUACUCCUUCAAGUCCUUUGGAGAACUUCUACACUUAUACCAUUGAUUGGACUGAAGAAUCUUUAACUUGGUACCUUAAUGGUAAUGCUGUAAGAACUUUGACUCCAGACAAUCCACAAGGUUACCCUCAAAGUCCAAUGAGAAUCUUUGCUGGUAUCUGGGCUGGUGGAGAUCCAUCUAAUCCAGAAGGUACAAUUGAAUGGGCUGGUGGUCUCACUAAUUAUGCAGAUCUUCCUUUCUCAAUGUAUAUUCAAUCUAUUAUAGUGUCUGACUAUUCUACUGGUAGUCUGUACUCUUAUGAUGGUACAUCUGGUACUUGGCAAUCUAUUGUGUCUAAUGGUGGUAAAGUGUAUGGAAAUUAUCAGCAAGCCCAAUCUGACUUUCAAACUUUACAGAAUGGUGGUUCAGUUGAUACAAAAGAUAUUUCGGCUGCCAGUUCAGGCUCAACAUCGAGUACAAGUUCUUCAACAUCAAGUUCAAGUUCAAGCUCAAGCUCAAGCUCUUCUUCGAGUACUUCAUCAACUUCGAGCUCAACUUCCACACCAACCACCUCUUCUACUUCAUCUACUUCCUCCUCUAUUUCAUCAGAGACUUCCGCAAAAUCAAGUUCAUCAACUAUCAUAUCAUCCACUUCGGAAACAAGUUCUGUUGAAUUAUCUUCAUCAGUAGCAGCAGACAGUCAAUCAGUAUCAGUAUCAGUUUCAGAAGCUUCAACACAACUGAGUACUUCAUCUGCUUCUUCUUCAUCCACAACAUCAGUAGGAACUGCUAGUGAAAAUGCAGCAGAUUCUCCAUUCACGGCAUCUUCACCUUUCCUUGCCUUAAUAUUUAUGAUAGCUUCGUUAUUAUAAGUGUGUAAUCUGCUUUUCGCGCUACCAAUAUCACACUUCUACAGUACAUAGAUUUAUUUUUAAAUAGACGAACAAAUAAACAUAAAGUAAGAAUAAAACUUCGGG